CAAAGAUUUUCCCUUGUUUCAAAUGGAUGUUAAAAGUGCUUUUCUAAAUGGAGAAAUUCAUGAAGAAGUUUAUGUCUCUCAACCACCUGGAUUUGUUGAUCCAAAUUAUCCUGAUCAUGUAUACAAAUUAAGAAAAGCUUUGUACGGACUCAAACAAGCACCUCGUGCUUGGUAUGAACGCCUAACUUCUUUUCUUCAUGAUCAAGGAUUCAAGCAAGGGUCGGUUGACAAGACUUUAUUCACUAAAAGCAACUCUACUGACUUACUUUUAGUUCAAAUAUACGUGGAUGAUAUUGUGUUUGGUUCUACCAAUUCUGAUAUGUGUGCUGCCUUCUGUGAUUCUAUGAAAGAGGUCUUUGAAAUGAGCAUGAUGGGAGAGCUUCAAUACUUCCUUGGUCUGCAAAUAAAACAGACAAGUCAAGGAACAUUUAUUUCUCAGUCGAAAUAUAUUUCCUCCAUGCUUACUAAGUUCAACUUCUCUUCUUUAAAACCCUCUCCUACCCCUAUGGCAGUUAACAUCAAACUUGGCAAAGAUGAGACUGGGAUUCCAGUUGAUGAAUCUAAAUAUCGAGGGAUGAUUGGAUCCCUCUUAUACCUUACAGCCAGCCGUCCAGACAUACAGUACAGUGUGUGUCUGUGUGCGCGUUUUCAGACAUGUCCUAAAGAGAGUCAUUUAAGUGCUGUUAAACGCAUUUUUCGUUAUUUAAAAAGCACUUCUGACAUAGGGCUGUGGUAUCCUAAAUUAGAUCACUUUGAUCUUAUGGGAUAUAGCGACUCUGAUUUUGGUGGUAGCUUAACAGAUCGUCGUAGCACUUCUGGCAGUUGCCAAUUUGUAGGCACUAGUCUGGUUUCCUGGUCAUGCAAAAAGCAGGGAGCCAUUGCUUUAUCAACAGCUGAGGCUGAAUAUAUGGCUGCUGGCAGCACUUGCACUCAAUUGUUGUGGCUUAGAAAUCAAUUAUGUGAUUACGGGCUUAAAGUCUCUUCUAUUCCUCUUUUUUGUGACAAUACUAGUGCUAUCUGUAUGUCUAAAAAUCCAGUGCAACAUUCACGUACCAAACAUAUUGAAAUUAAAUACCACUUUAUUCGUGAUCUCAUUCAAUCCAAGGUCAUAAAUUUGCAAUAUAUUAGCACUGAUUAUCAGCUUGCAGAUUUAUUUACCAAACCUUUAGCUUCAGAUCGAUUUAUUUUUCUCUGCACUGAUAUUGGAUUGAGAUCACUGCAAUCCAUCCCUGAUUCUUCGAUGACCUGAAGGCUCUGGUAUGAUUUUUCUUUCCUUUUUACCUUCUUUUUGUUUUGGUAGUCCCUCUGUUUCUUUCCUUUUGAUGAUUCUUCCUUUUCUGUUUACUGUCUUUUCGUCUCUUAGGUUUACUAUUUAAGAGUCUGUUUGCUUGUCGUGAUUUUCAUCCUUUGUCGUCUGCUCAUUUAGCCUGUUCCUUCUUGCCUCCUGUCAUGGCUUAUGCCUUUGCCCUCACUUUCUCUGGCACUCUUUUCCUUGAUCCAAUUCCCUUGAACUAUCAUCGUCAUAUCCAAUCCUUUGCAAAUCGUCCUAUUUCCCCGACUCUUCAUGUUCCUUUCGUGGGGCUCAGUGUUCAUGGUCUGGAAGUUAGACACCUUGUGCACAACUUGGGUUGGGACUUUCUUCUGGAAGAGCACCCAGCUCAUGUUUGUCCUGAAGCAGUACGAGCCUUCUACUCCAAUCUGCGAUACUUUGGUUUGCAAUCUCAUACUCUUUCCUCCUUGGUGUUUGGUCAUCUGAUCACUCUUCCUGUUGGAGAUUUGGGUCAAAUCCUUCACUUUCCUGCCGUUGGAGAAAACCUAGCUCAUGAGGUCGAACUUCCUCUGUUCAACUUCAAUCUGUCUGAAGAGGCUGUUCAUCUUACUGGCCAUGAACCUGAUGACGAUUCAACUCUCCCUGUGAGCACCCUGUUGCCUUCCUUACAGGUUUUUCAUUACUGUCUCACUCGAUUGUUCCUGCCUCGAACUGCCUUUCUUGAUCGAGUCACACCAUUGGAUCUCUGGAUCAUGAGUCAUGCUGUUGCUGAAGUGCCUCUCGAUUUUUCUCAACUGGUUUUUGGAGCGCUGCUGCCCUUCAUUGAUCAUAACCACUCUGCCCCGUUACCUUUUGGGACCCUCAUUACUCGCCUGCUGCUUGCCCUGCCUAUUAAUCUUAAUGCCUAUCGCUUUGAAUCUCCUACUCUCUGGCUCUUUGUGGACAACAUUGUGGAUGAGUUGGAUAUUGCGAUUGAGGGGGAGGUGAACCUGAUCUGGAUACACAACUCAAGCUCGGACGACUCAAGCUCGGACUCUGAUGGAGGAGAAGAUUCUGAUGGAGGAGAAGAUUCUGUGCUUGAUCUUGGACAUGUGUCUGCAUCUAGUGCUUCUGACCAUUCUGAAGAAGGAGAUGAACCUGUGCUUGAACCCUUUGCUGCUGCUCUUCAAGAUCUCUAUGGUUCGGAAUGAGUGUUGUUCUAGUUUCCUUUGUUUAGACUCUUGUUUGCUCUGAGAGAUUGCGUGAACUCAGGGGGAGCCUAGUUUUCUUUGUUAUGCUCUCAGGAAGAGCUGGAUUGCUUUGUUUUUCGUGGAUUAUCUGGAUUAUCGUUUGAACUUCCUUUUAGAACGUGAUCUAGUUGUCGUGUAGUUUGUUUGCUGGCUGUCAUUGUUUUGCAGGUUUAAGCAAUCGUCAAUAUCUGGCUUAGGGGGAGAUUGUUGGAUGAAUUCAAGCCAGAAUUAACGCCUCUGGACCGUUGUUGAUUGGUAAUCAAAGAUGGAGCAAUUUAAGGACUAAUGAGUUUCCUUCUUUAGUGCUAACGGCUCUCUCAAUGCUGUUAUAUAUAUAUUGUUGGUGUGUCUUCUUGGAGAGCACUUUUUGUAAGUGGAAGCGGUAAAGGGCUGGGUUACAAAAGGGUUUACAGAGAGGUAGAGGUUCUCUGGUUCUGGUAUCAAGUCUGUGACUUGAGGUGGCUUUGCUCGUGUGUUCAGUUUCCUUGAUUGUAUUUUGUUCUUGAGUCUUCUUAUUUCUAUAUUUAUUAAAGGGUCUCCCAGACU